AUAUGCCCCUCCACGUCCGGCGCAGCAGCGACCCCGCCCUAAUGACCAUCAACGGGCCUUUUGGCGGCGGCGGCGAAUCACGAGUCCAACCAGAAGAGGCGCCCUCGAGGAAGAACCCGACGCGCUGGUCCACCACGGCCGGCUUCCUGAAAGCUCGGCACUCCUCCGGCACCAACAGCCUCGAGAGGAAGGGUAAAGGAAUGGACACGUAUCGCAGCCUGCCGCGGGAUGCAGGGACAUGGGCCAAUCAGAGGGAGUUUCAGAGAGAGACGGCCCGCUCAUCGCUCAGCGCCAAUCACCCCAUGGUGGACCGCUGGCUGGAGAGACAGGAACAGGAGGACGAAGCCAGAGAAGAGGAAAACGGCAGGAUCGAGCCGGUUGGUCGAGCGGACUCCUGCAUUGACCACACCCCUGUGAGGUCACUCGAAGACAUAGUCAAACUGGUGGAGGUGUCAAACGACGGUGGGCCUCUGGGGAUCCACGUGGUGCCUUUCAGUGGCAAGGACCGCAGGACUCUUGGCUUGUUGGUCAAGCGUCUGGAGAGAGGAGGCAAGGCCGAGCAGCAGAGCCUCUUCCAGGAGAACGACUGUAUCGUCCGAAUCAAUAACGGAGACCUGAGAAACAUCCGCUUUGAACAAGCCCAGAACAUGUUCCGCCAGGCCAUGCGCUCUCCCGUCAUCAUGUUUCAUGUGGUACCGACGUCGAUGAAAACCCACUACGAGCAGCUGUCCCAUUCGGAGAGGAACCCCGCGUACUCCUCGGGCCGUUUCAGCCCGGACUCCCUGACGGGCAGCAUCGUCUCCGGCAUGGACCACACCCCGCAGAGGGUGUCCCGGCACGGCUCCCAAAAUCACCCGCACUCCCACCCUCAUCCUCAUCCUCACACUCACCCUGAACAGACUGACGGAUACCCGCCUCUCACUCACCCGGCCGUCUCUGCGGCCAAGCCUCCUACGGGACACACCCACUCGCCUCAGAGGGCGGCAAACGCAACGCCGACGGCUGGAUACACCAAAAAAGUCGGGAGGAGGCUCAAUAUACAGUUAAAGAAAGGCCCCGAGGGACUCGGCUUCAGUAUAACCUCUCGGGACGUUCCCAUCGGCGGCUCGGCACCCAUCUACGUGAAGAACAUUCUGCCUCGGGGGGCUGCCAUCCAAGAUGGCCGUCUUAAGGCAGGAGACAGGCUGCUUGAGGUGAAUGGAGUCGACCUGAAUGGGCGAACCCAAGAGGAGGUGGUGUCCUUGCUCAGGGCCACACCCAUGGGCGGAGCUGUGGGGCUGCUGGUUCUACGGCAGGAGGAGGCUUUCCUCCCCCGAGAACCGAAUGCUGAGCCCCAGAUGCAGUGCCCCCGAGAUUUGCAUCCGAGGCAGCCCGUGACAGCAGGGAAAACCCAUUGGCUGAUAGAGAAGUCGGAGGAGGACGACUUGGUCCUGACUCCAGACGGGACCAGAGAGUUCCUGACCUUCGAGAUCCCCCUCAGUGACUCGGGGUCGGCCGGGUUGGGCGUCAGCGUCAAGGGCAACCGCUCCAAGGAGAACCACGCCGACCUGGGCAUCUUUGUCAAAUCCAUCAUUAACGGAGGAGCCGCCUGCAAAGACGGUCGACUUCGAGUGAACGACCAGUUGAUUGCUGUCAACGGGGAGUCGUUGUUGGGAAAGACCAACCAGGACGCCAUGGAGACGCUGCGCAAGUCCAUGUCGACGGAAGGCAACAAGCGGGGGAUGAUCCAGCUCAUCGUGGCCCGGAGAGUGGCCAAGAGAAACGAGGACGCACCAGGGAGCCCGCUGGGACCUCAGCAGAUGAUGAACACCACCCUGGACGACCACGAGCGCAGAAUCUCCCACUCCUUGUACGGUGGCCUGGAGGGACUCGAUGACAACUUGAUGCCACGGCCAGGCAUGAUUCCACGCACAAUAGGAAACUAUCAGCUGUCACCGACCGUCAACAUGCCGCAGGAUGACACGGUGAUCAUAGAAGAUGACGGGCCACCCCUACUCCCACCCAACCUGUCUGACCAAUCAUCGUCCAGCUCCCACGACGACGUGGGCUUCGCUGCUGAUGUGACGCCGACGUGGGCCAAAGAGCCGCCCAGUCAGAAUGAAAGCUCCAAGAGUCCAGAUGAAAAUAAUCCUGACGCUGCUUUCCAAAGGGAGGGCUUCGGACGCCAGAGUAUGUCGGAAAAACGCACCAAGCAGUUCGGAGAUGCCGCCCAUCUGGAGAUCAUCAAGACACGCAAGUCCAAAAGCAUGGAUCUAGUAGCCGACGAGAUUAACCUCACUCCUCGUCCUGAGACCAAGACAGGUUCUUCCACAAGAGACGUGGGGCCAUCGCUAGGCUUGAAGAAGUCCAGCUCCCUCGAGAGCCUGCAGACCGCCGUCGCCGAGGUCACCCUCAACGGGGACCUCCCCUUCCACAGGCCGCGCCCCCGUAUCAUCAGGGGGCGGGGCUGCAACGAGAGCUUCAGAGCAGCCAUCGACAAGUCCUACGACCGACCGGCUGCGACGGAGGAGGAGGAUGAGGGCAUGGAGACAUUGGAGGAGGACACAGAGGAGAGCUCUCGAUCGGGCAGAGACUCGGUGUCCACGGUGGCCGACCAGACGCCGCUGCCCGGCUCCGAGAAGCCCCUGGUCAACGGCACCAAUCGAACCAAAGAGGAGAAGAAGAAAGACAAAGACAAAGACAAGGGAGGGAAGGAGAAGAAGAAGCAGCAGCAGCAGCAGGAAGGAGGGAAGGAGAAGGACAAGGACAAGGACAAGGACAAGGGAAAGGCCAAGAAGGGCAUGCUGAAAGGACUCGGGGACAUGUUCAGGUAA